GCUUGACCAUUUGUCUAUUGUGUUCUACUCUUUCACAUGUUUGCAGUCGACCCAAAGUCAACCAUUCUUUAGCAUCGUCAGUCACUGGUGUCGCACACCUUGACAGCAACAUGGCACAAUCAACGCGUACAUUGUCGCUCCGGAUUCUCUCGCCGGCCGUCGAACUAGGCGAUGGUAUGGACAUGGCCGAUGUGCCUAUCGACACCACCAUUGGCGCCUUGAAACUAAAGCUCAUGGAACUUCUUCCCUCGCACCCUACGCCUGAUCGCAUGAGGCUCAUACACUUCGGUCGACUACUGGCCAACGAGAACGACACACUGGCCCAUCUCUUUGGAGAGGCUGCCCUUACCCAGACCACACCUUUCACUCUACAUCUCGUUGUGCGCGCUCCUCCCACUCCUAUGGAAACUGCUGCCACACGUCAACCGCCAUUUGCAGCAUGGGCUCCUCCCACCGCGACAGGUGCCCAGCCUGCUCAGCCGAACAUCCUGCCACCAGGCACAAUCAACCAUCCCUUGAUGCGCCCCGGUGCUACCUUUGUACCUCAGCCUCAAGGCGCUACUGCCACCCCACCACAUCCUGCCGCUCCUACUUCUCCUGUCCCGGCAAUCCAACAUGCUGGGGCCCAUGUUGGUCUACUGCAACGACUUAUGGAGCAACAGCAGCAACAGAUGAGACAACUUCACGCCCAUCAUCCAGCCCAAGACAACCGUCCUCAAACAAAUCCUCCGCCACAGCUUCCGCACAACCUGCUUCCUGGCAUGCAAAGACCGACUCCUCCGCAGAGCGCCCCACAGACCCCGGCACCUUUCGCUCAUCCACAUGCUCAUCCUCAUCUACACCAUCACCCACAUUUGCAUGCCCCUGGCCAUCUGCACCCACACCCACCACAAACUCCUCAGCAACAUCAGCAACAGCAGCAGCAGCAGCAGCAGCAGCAGCAACAGCAUCGCCACGCUACCAUCACAAUCAAUCAGAGUACUGUUGCCAUUCCCAUGCCUUUUGGCCCUAAUGGAAUGCCAAUGGGUCAAAUUCCUCUACCUGGCUUCCCGCCAAUGCACAGCAUGCUUCACCAAGCUGCUCGACCUCAGAUGCAGCAGUUCAACCCGGCAUCACCGACCGUUUACCUGCUGUCGUCGCCUGCAGGCCCACAAGCCUUACUUUUCUCUCCACAAGGCACAUACACCGCAAGUCUACCACAUGCUCCCAUUUCUGGAAUGCCCAGUUUAUCAAACCCACUGUUUGCCCAGACACGCCCUCACACGCCUGCUGCUCAGGGUCCACCUCCGCCUGGCUUCAACCCACCGCCUGUUGUAAUGGAUCCUCAACAACCCCCCGAGCAAAUAGCACAGCAAAUAGUACAGCAAAUGAACCAAGGAGGUGCAGAGAACCAAGAAUUCAACGCUCUUGCUCCGUGGCAACCGCUUCUAGCUCAAGGUUGGAUGCUGCUCCGUCUCUUGUUCUUUGCGUGGAUCUUGCUAGGCACUGGUCAGGGUUGGCGAAGACCCUUGGCUCUUCUCGCUAUCGGUGUCGUCUUCUGGGCUAUCAACGCUGGAGGUAUCGGUAACACAGUUAGAGAUGCUGUCCGCUCAUGGUGGGAGGCUGUUGUUGGACUGCCCGGUCAGCCACAGCAGCAGGAACAAGGCGCGAUCAGACAAGCCUUGAGACCUGCUGAACGCCUACUCGCUCUCCUCAUUGCAUCUCUGUGGCCAGGAGUCGGCGAACGCACUGUCAUCGCCAGAAGAGAAGCAGAAGAAAGACAAAGACGUGAGGAAGGAGAGCGACAAACGGCAGAGGCAGAGCGUCAGAGACAGUUGGAAGGAGAUCAAUCUACCGCACAAGACGCCACUGGUGGUGAAGCGAGCGAGUCUAAUACUACCAUUGCAGACCAGACUAUCACCACAGCAACUGGCAUCGACGCAUCUACCGAAAGACAAGAGCUCAGAGAAAGAAAAGCAACAACCCAAGCCUCCAGCUCAGAGCAGUCUUCCGCUUCUGAACCUGCCCUGACACGCGAAGAGCAGCACGAGCAACGUCUGCGCAAUCUCACUGCAGAUUGGUAGACUCGAUAGUUCUAGCGCAGAUUGGUAGGAUCAACAUCACGACGAUUGGGGUCUGGAACCUGACGUGUGGUAUUUCUCUUUCCAUUGGAGCGGGCAACUGAUGAGUUGCUAGCUACAAGGCAAACGGUCUUUUGCACCUUUUGCGUUUUGACGUUCUCUUCUUUUUCUUAUAGAUUAAUUGAUACCAUAACUUUUUGCGGUUUAGCGAAUUGCGAUUAGCAUUAUCGUAUCUGAAAUUCUUGUGUCUUCAUAUGUGUAAAUUUACAGUGGUAC